AUGAAGACGGAACGGGAGACGGGCAACUUGUCAUCAGAUGUCAACGCCCGUAUGACCUUUGACCCCUGUGCGUGCAGCGGGAAUGUUAAGGUGGAGGUUACCCCAACUGUGGAGGUGAUCAAGGGGGAAUCGGCCAGUCUGCCCUGCAGCUACCAACUCGCCUCCUCCUCAGCCAACACCAUUGUCGAGUGGUUCAUUGAGGAACAGGACACCAGGAAGCGUGUUGCGUUCCGCGCCGAGGGCGGUGACGGCAAGAGCGAUGAGGGCACCCGUCUGUCUGGAAGAGUCACCAUGGGCAAGGACUUCUCCCUGACCAUCUCCCCCGUCCAGCCCUCCGACGAACUCUCCUUCUUCUGCCAGGUCACCGCCGGCCCCGCCGGGAUGGGAGAGGCGGCCACCAUGCUGAAAGUCUUCUAUGCUCCUGAGAAGCCAGAACUCACCAGGCCCUCAAGCCAGGCCAUUUCUGUUGGGGAGACCACCAGUUCUGAGAUUGGUAAUUGUGUGACGAUGAAUGGACACCCCCAGCCCAGGAUCAUUUGGUUCAAAGAUGACCAGCCGCUACCCGAGGUCAAGGACAGGAAAGAGAAGACCUACAUGAUCCCGUCGGUGGUGAAGGAGGCCUCUGGUCUCUUCACUAUCAAGAGCACCCUGUACAUGCAGCCCACCAAGGAGGACAAGGACUCCGUGUUCCAGUGCACGGUGGAGUACAGCAUGCCCGGCGACCAGAUCAAGAAGAAGAAGUCUGACACCAUCACCAUCAAUCUCAACUAUCCCUCGGAGACGGUGACCUUUACCCUGCUCAACACCGAGCCAGUCAAAGAGGGCGAUAUGGUUACCAUGAAGUGCGAGACAGACGGAAACCCUCAGCCCGAAUUUGACUUCACCAAAGAUGGUACGGAUAUUACCGCUCAGGGGGGCAUGCUGACCCUGAAGUCUGUCAAGCGUUCGGAGGCGGGCCUGUAUAGAUGCCAGGCCACCGACUUUGAUAACCUGGAAGCUGACCUGAGCAGCGAGCUCACCCUCGCUGUUAACUACAUUGAUCCCAUGAACGUAAGCCCGGCCGGUCCUUUGGUGGCCAAGCUAGGAGACACGGUGGAGAUGCAGUGCAAGACCAAGGCCUCCAGCUCACACACUGUCCACUGGAAGAAGGGUUCUCAGGUGCUGUCUCAGUCUGGGGUGCUGUCGCUGACCGGAGUCAACUAUGACAAUGCUGGAGAGUACGUUUGUGAGGGCGCUGUGCCGUCAGUGACAGGACUGACUGCACAGACCAGUGUCAACCUUACAGUCAGAGGAAAACCUAUGAUUGAGGCUCCAGUUAAUGGACACGUGGGGAAGGAAGGAGACAUGGUGACUCUGAGGUGCGCUGCCCACGGCUACCCGGCCCCCCAGUUCACAUGGAAGCCCUCAGGAAAAGAGUCGGUGACAGUGGAAGGUACCAAGGUGGUGAGCAGCGUCACCCUGGAGGCCAACGCCGGGGUCAUGAAGGACGGGGCGAUCUGCGAGGCCUCCAACGAACACGGAACGGACAGCAAGACCUUCGCCAUAUCCAUCAGAGCAGCUGCUGACACCAGCAAUGCCAACAGAGCUGACAGGCAGCAGGGCGGCUCCAGCGGGGUGGUGAUAGCCGUAGUGGUGUGUGUGCUCCUGCUCCUGCUGCUGGUGGCCCUCCUCUACUUCCUCAACAAGAAGGGCAAACUGCCCUGCAGCAAGACGGACAAGAAGGAAGUGGCAAGUGGGGAGGUGAACAACGAUAUUGUGGUCGAGAUGAAGACAGAGAAGGCAAAUGAAGAGGCUGGACUCCUCAACAAGAGACCAGCAACAGAACAGUGAGAAACCGCAAGUGACAGAAGAAUGGACGGAGAGAUGAAGGGAUGGAGGACCACAGUCAUGUAACAACAGCAGGGCUAGUUUUUAUGUGUACAAUGGAGGGGUGGAUGGCUGAGGUGGACGACGAAAGACGGAAUGCAUUGCCAUCGGUGUAUGUAGAUGGGUGUGUUUUCUAAUAUGGAAAUGGGUUUGAUUUGGGAAUCGUGGGAGGUGUGCACAGCACUGGGUAUGCUUGUUUUGCAACCUGGAGCACAACCGCCGCCUGGCUGUUUGCCAAUUUGCUGGGCUAUGGCUUCAAAUUAAGCAUUUUUAACUCCACCUCAUUCAAGCUGCUCCAGGUUUCAAAUUAUUCACACCCGAAAUCAUAACGUGGGCACCGUUUGAUUCUAACUCUUAUCUACCAAUCACAUCCCUGGUUGACACCAUUUCACAGUAGCAGUAUGAAGCAUGGCAUGGCGGACGCUCUCCGAACACAGCGGCGGCUUUCUUAUUACCUACACCAAAUGAAACGUGAAAUGUCAUUAGCGUUUUAGGUUUAGUGUCUGGGGAGUGUGCGUUCACGCCGUGUUGCACCAGUUUUGUAUUGGAAUCAUUUUGUCAUUUAUUUCUCUAAAUGCAAUUGUAACACUGUGGUGACUGUUGUGUUUUGGAGUCUGCACUUAUCCUGUUUUCUGUACCUGUGGGUAUAAGGGUCCUAUGGAUAUACUCUUCCUAUGGCUAUACUGUUUCUAUGGGUGUGCUGUUCCUAUAGGUACACUGUUCCUAUGGGUAUACUGGGGACAAACAAUAAUCACAAACUGUCAAGCUGUUUCAUAUAAUUCAACGAGCGACGAUUGAAUGGUUGUGCAAAAAAAUAUUUAACCGCUGAAAAUAGGCAGAAAUGGUUACCAAGUUUUAGCUGCAAGAACUUUUUUUUUUUAAAUUUGCCAUCUUUGAAAGCCCCCCCCACCCCCAUCUCCUUGGAAAGCUGUUUCGCUGACAGCAGUCUGCACAUUUGAUAACGUAAAUC